GAUGUUGCUGUGUGUUGCCGGGGUGGGUCGAGGGGGUCUGGGGUUGCUAGCGGUAAAGAGGGCGUGUAUUCUCGCUCGCUCUGCCCACUCGUCGCCCCAGAACCUUGAGUAUCGACCAAUCAAAAAGGUCAUGGUGGCAACAGAGGUAAGGCUCCACCCACACAUGACAUGACAUUAUAACUAUGGCCAUGAAUGACAUCACUUGUCCCAACACAUUACAGUACAUCUUAUCCAUCAUUAUAUUAUUAUGAGGGCAUUGCUAUCCCAACAUACGACAAUACCUAAGGUCUACUGUAUGUCCCAACACAUUACAGUACAUCUUAUCCAUCAUUAUGCUAAAUGAUUAAAAUGUAAAAUGUAUUCUCUUAUUAUGAAGGGCAUUGCUAUCCAACAUCGACAAUACCUAAGGUCUACUGUAUGUCCCAGCACAUUACAAUUCAUACAAAUUCAUCUGAGUUACACACGAUAUCCUAUUGCAUCGUAGAUCUCAUGACAUACCAUUGCAUGGCAUGGCUAUACUUAGAAGGUAGUGUGUGUUAUAUAGCUUAUGAUCCACGGCAAAGCUGCGCAGACACCUUGCCCAGCUCAAAAGCUGAAGCAGACACCUCGCCAGCUCAAAAGCUGCACAGGACACCUAGCAUGAGCUUCAAAGCUGCGCAGACACCGUAGCCCCGCUAAAGCUGCGCAGAACCUAGCCCAGUUCAAAGUACACAGACACCUAGCCCAGUCGAAGCUACACAGGACACCUAGCCCAGCUCACAGCGCACAGACACUAGCCCAGAUAUCAAAGCUACACAGACACCUAGCCCAGUCAAAGUGCCGCAGACACUAGCCCAGUCAAAGCUGACACAGACACCAGCCCAGUUCAAAGCGGAGCAGACAAUAGCCCGCCAAAGCUGAGCAGGGGACACAUAGCCAGCUCAAAGAUGCACGACACCUAGCCCAGCUCAAAGCUGCGCAGACACCUUGCCAGUAAAGCUGCACAGGGACACCUAUCCAGCUUCAAAGCUGCGCAGACAACCUUGCCCAGCCAAAGCUGCACCAGACACCUAGCCCAGUAAAAGCUGCGCAGACACCUAGCCCAGCUCAAAGAUGCACAGCCAACUAAAAACCUGCGCAGACACCUAGCCCAGCUCAAAGCUGCACAGACACCUAGCCCAGCUCAAAGCUGCACAGACACCUAGCCCAGCUCAAAGCUGCGCAGACACCUAGCCCAGCUCAAAGCUACGCAGACACCUAGCCCAGCUCAAAGCUACGCAGACACCUAGCCCAGCUCAAAGCUACGCAGACACCUAGCCCAGCUCAAAGCUGCACAGACACCUAGCCCAGCUCAAAGCUGCACAGACACCUAGCCCAGCUCAAAGCUACGCAGACACCUAGCCCAGCUCAAAGCUGCACAGACACCUAGCCCAGCUCAAAGCUACGCAGACACCUAGCCCAGCUCACUACUCGUGACAUGAUAUGAACUGAGCAUUAAAUCACAUUAGAUAACAGUAGAGAAACAUAGUAUAACCACAUCAUGUUACUGUUACUCUACUUCUCAACACUUACAGUGCAUUCGGAAAGUAUUCAGACCCCUUGACUUUUUCCUUUUUUUUUUUUUUACUUUACAGCCUUAUUCUAAAAUUGAUUAAAUUGUUUUUUUUCCCCCUCAUCAAUCAACACACAAUACCCUAUAAUGACAAAGCAAAUAAAGGUUUUUAGAAAUGAUUGCACGUUUAUAAAAAAAAAUCAAAAACUGAAAUAUUACAUUUACAUAAGUAUUCAGACCCUUUACUCAGUACUUUGUUGAAGCACCUUUGGCAGCGAUUACAGCCUUGAGUCUUCUUGGGUGUGACGCUACAAGCUUGGCACACCUGUAUUUGGGGAGUUUCUCCCAUUCUUCUCUGCAGAUCCUCUCAAGCUCUGUCAGGUUGGAUGGGGAGCAUCGCUGCACGGAGAUGUUCGAUCGGAUUCAAGUCCGGGCUCUGGCAGGGCCACUCAAGGACAUUCAGAGACUGUGUGCUUAGGGUCGUUGUCUGAAUACUUUCCAAAUGCACUGUAUAUCUCUUUUAUUUUAUUUUUCUUCUUUAUUUAUUUCUUACUUUCUUACUUUUGUUUCUUUCUCUCUUCUUUUCUCUUCUCCUUUUCUGUUCUCUCCUCUCCAGGUGAGAUAGCUAUCCGUGUGUUCAGGGCGUGUACUGAGUUGGGGAUUCGGACCGUGGCUGUCUACUCUGAAGAAGAUAGAGGACAGAUGCACAGGUAUAGACAGUCACCUCCAGAAAUGAUAGGCACCCUUGAUAAAAAAGACUGUAUAAAAUAAAUAAUUGUAAAUACUGAGCUAUAUUGUAUGCUCAAAGAAUUUGGACAAUUAUAUUAUUUUAUACUAACACAAUUGCUCAGAGAAAGAGAUUUUGUUUUUAACAAGUAAUGCAAGUAAGAAAAUCACAGGUUUUCAAUGGGGUUCUAGUCCGGAGACUGAGACAUUUGUAAAAUGUUGAAUUUGUGGCCAAUUAAACAUUUAUUUGUGGGUCUUGUGCUUGGAGUGUGCUUGGGGUUAUUGGCUACAAUGUCCUGGUACUUGGUAAAGUUCAUGAAGUUGUCUUUUUUUGCUAAUCUUUAUCAAGGGUGCCAAUAAUUUUGGCGAUUACUGUAGGCCUUACCUGGAGUUCUAUUUAUCCAGAAUUCUACCUGACUAUUUAGCUGACGAUAUUACCCGAUGAGUACCUGACGAUAUUACAACCAGUUUUGCCCACUAAGAUCAUUCAAGAUCAUACAAUGUAACACUGUAACAUUGUAAAAAUGCCAUACCCUUCAACCCACAGACAGAAAGCUGAUGAAGCUUACCUGAUAGGGAAAGGUCUUCCACCUGUUGCUGCCUAUCUGCAUAUACCUGACAUCAUUAAAGUAGCUAAGGUGAGUCUGAACUCUAACCCUUAGUGUGUUAGUGCUGUGCUGGAAUCAAAGCCUGCACACUGUGGGGUCCCAAUACCUGAAUUUAAAAAGUUGGAACGAGGUAUUCGGCACAUACCCCAAGGCCCCUGGGAACAUCUAGCCCAACCUGGUCUCAGAGCAUUUUGUAUUAUUCUGUAUGUAAAUCUGAGACACUCCUAUUAGUAUGAUGUGUUACGUUUCGUAUGGUAUGUAUUAAUUUGUGGAUGUCCGUCACCAUUUCGUACGAUAUGUUACGAAUUACAAUUGGUAUUAUAUGUUACGUUUUGCUAAAACGUACAAUAUGUUACUGGAUCCUGGACUUCCUGACGGGCCGCCCCCAGGUGGUAAGGGUAGGUAACAACACAUCUGCCACACUGAUCCUCAACACGGGGGCCCCUCAGGGGUGCGUGCUCAGUCCCCUCCUGUACUCCCUGUUCACCCAUGACUGCAUGGCUGUCACACCCUGGUUCUGGGACUCGUUAUGUUGAGCCAGGGUGUGUGCAUUCUAUGUGUUUAUUUCAAUGUUGGUAGUUCUGUUGUGUCUAUUUCUAGGUUGUUGUAUGUUUGUAUUGAGUGACUCCCAAUCGGAGGUAACGAGUGUCAGCUGUCGGCUCGUUAUCUCUGAUUGGGAGCCAUAUUUAUACUGUGUGUUUUCACCUUGUGGUUGUGGGUUUUUGUUCCAUGUUUCUGUCAGUGUUACAGAGGACUUCACUAUCGUCAUUUGUUUUGUUGUUUCGGGGUUGCUUUAAUUUAAUAAAGUCAACAUGUUCGCUAAACACGCUGCGCCUUGGUCCGCUUCCUUAGACGAUCGUGACAGAAAAACCCACCAUCAAAGGACCAAGCAGCGUGUCCAGGAGUCGGCAGCCUGGAUGUGGGAGCAGCGUCGGAGGGACGAGAGGCACCCCCAAGAAAUUUUUAGGGGGGGGCACACGGCAUGGACGACGGAGGCAAAGAUGGGGCGAAUCCAGGAGGCCACCAGGCCAGGGGUACACCGCCCUGUACGUCCUGUGCGGAUGCCUCACACAGAGUGUGUGAGGGUAGGCAUUCAGCCAGGACGGGUGGUGGCCGCUGUUCACUCCAGGCCUCCUAUCCGUCUCCACAGCCCGGUCCGGCCUGUUCCUGCCACUCGCACCAAACCUACGGUGCGCGUCGCCAGCCCGGUCCGGCCUGUUCCUGCCACCCGCACCAAGUCUACGGUGCGCGUCGCCAGCCCGACCCGGCCUGUUCCUGCCACUCGCACCAAACCUACGGUGCGCGUCGCCAGCCCGGUCCGGCCUGUUCCUGCCACCCGCACCAAGUCUACGGUGCGCGUCGCCAGCCCGACCCGGCCUGUUCCUGCCACUCGCACCAAACCUACGGUGCGCGUCGCCAGCCCGGUCCGGCAUGUUCCUGCCACCCGCACCAAGUCUACGGUGCGCGUCGCCAGCCCGACCCGGCCUGUUCCUGCCACUCGCACCAAACCUACGGUGCGCGUCGCCAGCCCGACCCGGCCUGUUCCUGCCACUCGCACCAAACCUACGGUGCGCGUCGCCAGCCCGGUAAGGCCCAUUCCUCCUCCACGCACUAAGCCAGGGGUGCGAGAAGUCAGCCUGGUAAGGCCCGUUCCUCCUCCACGCACUAAGCCAGGGGUGCGAGAAGUCAGCCUGGUAAGGCCCGUUCCUCCUCCACGCACAAAGCCAGGGGCGCGUGUCGUCAGCCUGGUAAGGCCCGUUCCUGCUCUCCGCACCAAGUCUGUGGUGCGCGUCGCCAGCCCAUUCCGGUCCAUUCCUGUUCCACGCACCAAGCCAGGGGCGCGUGUCGUCAGCCUGGUAAGGCCCGUUCCUCCUCCACGCACCAGGCCAGGGGUGCGAGUCGACAGACUGGACCAGGGGCGCAUUGGGGGGUGUAUUGUAGGGUGGUGGUCAAGGCCGGAGCCAGAACCGCCACCGAGGAGGUAUGCCCGCCCAGCCCUCCCCUGUUUGGGGUUUUUGAGGCGCGGUCGCAGUCCGCGCCUUUAGGGGGGGGGUACUGUCACACCCUGGUUCUGGGACUUGUUAUGUUGAGCCAGGGUGUGUGCAUUCUAUGUGUUUAUUUCAAUGUUGGUAGUUCUGUUGUGUCUAUUUCUAGGUUGUUGUAUGUUUGUAUUGAGUGACUCCCAAUCGGAGGUAACGAGUGUCAGCUGUCGGCUCGUUAUCUCUGAUUGGGAGCCAUAUUUAUACUGUGUGUUUUCACCUUGGGGUUGUGGGUUUUUGUUCCAUGUUCAGUCAUUGUCACUGUUUUGUUGUUUCGGGGUUGCUUUAAUUUAAUAAAGUCAACAUGUUCGCUAAACAUGCUGCGCCUUGGUCCGCUUCCUUAGACGAUCGUGACAAUGGCCAGGCACGACUCCAACACCAUCAUUAAGUUUGCCGAUGACACAACAGUGGUAGGCCUGAUCACCGACAACGAUGAGACAGCCUAUAGGGAGGAGGUCAGAGACCUGGCCGUGUGGUGCCAGGACAACAACCUCUCCCUCAACGUGACCAAGACAAAGGAGAUGAUUGUGGACUACAGGAAAAAAAAGAGGACUGAGCACACCCCCAUUCUCAUCGACGGGGCUGUAGUGUAACAGGUUGAGAGCUUCAAGUUCCUUGGUGUCCACAUCACCAACGAACUAUCAUGGUCCAAACACACCAAGACAGUCGUGAAGAGGGCACGACAAAGCCUAUUCCCCCUCAGGAGACUGAAAAGAUUUGGCAUGGGUCCUCAGAUCCUCAAAAAAUUCUACAGCUGCACCAUCGAGAGCAUCCUGACUGGUUGCAUCACCGCCUGGUAUGGCAACUGCUUGGCCUCCAACCGCAAGGCACUACAGAGGGUAGUGCGUACGGCCCAGUACAUCACUGGGGCCAAGCUUCCUGCCAUCCAGGACCUCUAUACCAGGCGGUGUCAGAGGAAGGCCCUCAAAAUUGUCAAAGACUCCAGCCACCCUAGUCAUAGACUGUUCUCUCUGCUACCGCACGGCAAGCGGUACCGGAGUGCCAAGUCUAGGUCCAAAAGACUUCUCAACAGCUUCUACCCCCAAGCCAUAAGACUCCUGAACAGCUAAUCAUGGCUACCCGGACUAUUUGCACUGCCCCCCCCACCCCAUCCUUUUACGCUGCUGCUACUCUGUUAAUUAUUUAUGCAUAGUCACUUUAACUCUACCCACAUGUACAUAUUACUUCAACUACCUCAACUAGCCGGUGCCCCCGCACAUUGACUCUGCACCGGUACCCCCCCUGUGUAUAUAGCCUCCCUACUGUUAUUUUAUUUUACUUCUGCUCUUUUUUCUCAACACUUUUUUUGUUGUUGUUUUAUUUUUACUUUUUUGUUAAAAAUAAAUGCACUGUUGGUUAAGGGCUGUAAGUAAGCAUUUCACUGUAAUGUCUGCACCUGUUGUAUUUGGCGCAUGUUGCCAAUAAAAUUUGAUUUGAUUUGAUUUGAAUUUGUAAAUGUACAAUAUGUUACGAAUUUGCAAAAUGUUUGAUAUGUUAGGGGUCAGAGUUAAGCUAAGGGUUAAGUUUAGGAAUUAGGUUAAAGGGUUAGGGUUAGGGGAAGGGUUAGGUAAAGGGUUAAGGGUUAAGGUUAGGGUUAGUGGAAAGGUAAAGGGUUAAGGUUAAGGUUAGGGUUAGGGGAAGGGUUAGGUAAAGGGUUAAGGGUUAGCUUAGGGUUAGGGAAAGGGUUAGGUAAAGGGUUAAGGUUAGGGGAAGGGUUAGGUAAGGGGUUAAGGUUAGGGGACGGGUUAGGUAAGGGGUUAAGGUUAGGGGAAGGGUUAGGUAAAGGGUUAAGGUUAGGGGAAGGGUUAGGUAAAGGGUUAAGGUUAGUAAUAGGGGAAGGGUUAACUAACAUGCUAAGUAGUUGCAAAGUAACUAAAAAGUGGUAAGUAGUUGAAAAGUUGCUAAAGUUGUCCGUGAUGAGUUUUGAACUUGAAAACUUCGGGUUGCUAGAUAUUGGCAUUAUUACCCGUCCACCCAUCCACCCCGACCAACAACCUUCCUUUCAUUUUUUGCCUUAAGUAACCAUCUGUCUUAUGUUACCAAACGUUAACACAUCAUACUAAAUGGGGUGUCUAGUAUUUACAUACAGAAUAAUACGAAAUGCUCUGAGACCAGGUUGUCUAGCCAGAAGCUUAUUACUAUCCCUCCCUCCCUCCCUCCCUCCCUCCCUCCCUCCCUCCCUCUCCCAAACCCCCAGACACCAUAUUGCCUGUUCAGAUGAAUCCGUUCCCUCUUAAUAUAAUUUCUGCUUGGGUGUCUGAUCUGGCAGUCCGGUCGGGUCUUUAUUGGUCCAAAAUCUGCGUCCCAAAUGGCACCCUAUUCCCUAUGCAGUGCACUACUUUAGACCAGGCUCCAGUGCUCUAGUAAAAAGUAGUGCACUAUAUAGGGAAUAGGGUGCCAUUUGACCCCAAGUCAUCUCUCAUUCCUCUGCUUGACAGAAUAUCCCUCUGUUUUGUCUGGAACCAUACCCAGUGUGUGUGUGUGUGCCUGCCUAUGUGUGUGUGUGUUUGUGUGUGUGUGUGUGUGUGUGUGUGUGUGCCUGCCUAUGUGUGUGUGUGUGUGUGUGUGUGUGUGUGUGUGUGUGUGUGUGCCUGCCUAUGUGUGUGUGUGUGUGUGUGUGUGUGUGUGUGUGUGUGUGUGUGUGUGUGUGUGUGUGUGUGUGUGUGUGUGUGUGUGUGUGUGUGUGUGUGUGUGUGUGUGUGUGUGUGUGUGUGUGUGUGUGUGUGUGUGGCUGAGCAGCUAUCCCUAUCAUCAGUCUCUGCCCCUUGCCGUCUGCUGUUGCGGAGCACCCUGCCAACCGUCUCCACUAACAACAGGACAGCCCAUAAUGAGCAUGCUCCGUAACUAAGGCCAGAUGGUGGCAGGUUGGUCCAGGCCUGGUGUGUAGGUGUGUGUGUGUGUGUGUGUGUGUGUGUGUACGUCUGUAUGUCUGUCCAGGUCUGGCUUUAAUCCCUGCACGGCUGAUGAUGCUACAGUUCACUGAAUGAUUAUUAACCUGUAAUGAGUUCUAACUCUGCCCUCCCCCCCAUGUAGUCUACAGUUGAGUACUAUACUGUAGCCUACUGUUGAGUACUAUACUGUAGUCUACCGUUGAGUACUAUACUGUAGUCUACCGUUGAGUACUAUACUAUAGUCUACCGUUGAGUACUAUACUGUAGUCUACUGUUGAGUACUAUACUGUAGUCUACUGUUGAGUACUAUACUGUAGUCUACUGUUGAGUACUAUACUGUAGUCUACUGUUGAGUACUAUACUGUAGUCUACUGUUGAGUACUAUACUGUAGUCUACUGUUGAGUACUAAACUGUAGUCUACUGUUGAGUACUAUACUGUAGUCUACUGUUGAGUACUAUACUGUAGUCUACUGUUGAGUACUAUACUGUAGUCUACUGUUGAGUACUAUACUGUAGUCUACUGUUGAGUACUAUACUGUAGUCUACUGUUGAGUACUAAACUGUAGUCUACUGUUGAGUACUAUACUGUAGUCUACUGUUGAGUACUGUAUUGUAGUCUACUGUUGAGUACUAUACUGUACUGGGUAUGGUCUACUGUUGAGUACUAUACUGUACUGUAGUCUACUGUUGAGUACUAUACUUUAUCUACUGUUGAGUACUAUACUGUAGUCUACUGUUGAGUGCUAUACUGUAGUCUACUGUUGAGUACUAUACUGUAGUCUACUGUUGAGUACUAAACUGUAGUCUAUUGUUGAGUACUAAACUGUAGCCUACUGUUGAGUACUUUACUGUACUGUAGUCUACUGUUGAGUACUAUACUAUAGUCUACAGUUGAGUACUAUACUGUAGCCUAUUGUUGAGUACUAUACUCCUGCCUACUGUUGAGUACUAUACUGUAGUCUACGGUUGAGUACUAUACUGUAGUCUAUUGUUGAGUACUAUACUGUACUGUAGUCUACUGUUGAGUACUAAACUGUAGUCUACCGUUGAGUACUAUACUGUAGCCUAUUGUUGAGUACUAUACUCCUGCCUACUGUUGAGUACUAUACUGUAGCCUACUGUUGAGUACUAUACUGUAGUCUACUGUUGAGUACUAUACUGUAGUCUGCUGUUGAGUACUAUACUGUAGCCUACUGUUGAGUACUAUACUGUAGUCUACUGUUGAGUACUAUACUGUAGUCUACUGUUGAGUACUAUACUGUAGUCUACUGUUGAGUACUAUACUGUACUGUAGCCUAUUGUUGAGUACUAUACUCCUGCCUACUGUUGAGUACUAUACUGUAGUCUACUGUUGAGUACUAUACUGUAGCCUACCGUUGAGUACUAUACUGUAGUCUACUGUUGAGUACUAUACUGUAGCCUACUGUUGAGUACUAUACUGUAGUCUACUGUUGAGUACUAUACUGUAGUCUGCUGUUGAGUACUAUACUGUAGCCUACUGUUGAGUACUAUACUGUAGUCUACUGUUGAGUACUAUACUGUAGUCUACUGUUGAGUACUAUACUGUAGUCUACUGUUGAGUACUAUACUGUAGUCUACUGUUGAGUACUAUACUGUACUGUAGCCUAUUGUUGAGUACUAUACUCCUGCCUACUGUUGAGUACUAUACUGUAGUCUACUGUUGAGUACUAUACUGUAGUCUGCUGUUGAGUACUAUACUGUAGCCUACUGUUGAGUACUAUACUGUAGUCUACUGUUGAGUACUAUACUGUAGUCUACUGUUGAGUACUAUACUGUAGUCUACUGUUGAGUACUAUACUGUACUGUAGCCUAUUGUUGAGUACUAUACUCCUGCCUACUGUUGAGUACUAUACUGUAGUCUACUGUUGAGUACUAUACUGUAGCCUACUGUUGAGUACUAUACUGUAGUCUACUGUUGAGUACUAUACUGUAGUCUACUGUUGAGUACUAUAAUGUAGUCUAAUGUUGAGUACUAUACUGUACUGUAGCCUAUUGUUGAGUACUAUACUCCUGCCUACUGUUGAGUACUAUACUGUAGUCUACUGUUGAGUACUAUACUGUAGCCUACCGUUGAGUACUAUACUGUAGUCUACUGUUGAGUACUAUACUGUAGCCUACCGUUGAGUACUAUACUGUAGUCUACUGUUGAGUACUAUACUGUAGUCUACUGUUGAGUACUAUAC